CCCAUCCGGGACAGGAAGAAGAAGAAGAAGAAGCAGCAGCGCCAGGCAACUCUUGAAGCCGGUCGCCGCUUUGGGGCGAGGUGCAACCAGAAGAAGCCCGAAGAUGUCCGCCGCACUGCUGAGGAGAAACUCCAGCAGACAAGGUCUCCAGAACCUCAUCAGGUUGACCGCUCAGAGGAGCGUCGAGGACGCCGAGGAAGCGGAACGCCAACGCAGGAGACGAGCCAGAGACCAGUCCUGUCGCAGGAACGGCGACGCGGCGGACGACCCACACGUAUUGAAACCUGACCGCUCGCCGGAGGAAGACGAAGGCUUCGGCGACCGGACGCGGCAGCGCCCCCCGGAGGGCACCGGGGGAUGGCGGCCGGAGGACGAGGACCGGCGCGACGCCUUCGAGGCGGCGCUGGAAGACCUCCGCCCCGCCUCCUCCGGCAUUUGGGCUUCGUCUAACUCCGCUGGCGUCGGCCGCGGCGAGGAAGGCGAAGGCGGCGAGCCGAGGCCGCGGACGGACCACCCGGAUUCGCUCCGUCGCAGUCAGGUGGAGGAACGGCAACCGACCCGAGCGCCAUCCGCCGACAAAGUUUUCCUUCUCCGAGAUUCCAAAGCGGACGCGGACGCCGGCCAACGGGAAGUGACAUCCCGGCACUCUGGCGACCAAUCAAAGAGCGAGUCCCCCAGGUGCGCCGAGCGGGGCGAGACGGAGGCCGGCCCGGAGGCGGAGCCUCGCCCGGAGAAGAUCUGGCAGGGCCUCCGGGAGCCGGAGCAGCCGAAGCUCCGACACGCCCGGGCCGAGCCGGAGCUGGCGGAGAGGACGGAGCUGAGGACAUGCCUCCGAAGCCAGGAGGAACGACGGCAACGAGACCAGCGACGGCGGCGCCUCGCCGACGAGGAGGCGAGUCAUGCCCGGCGUCUCGAGGAGAUGGCGAGGAGGGGGAUGGACGCGGCCGAGAGGAUGAAGAUGUUGAACGGCGGCGGCGGUGACGACCCGCCAGAGGUCUUCAGCCCCGUCAAGACCCCCACGCACAAAAUGACGGAGAGGACCGAGUCGCUCAGCCGCUCCCUGAAGAAAAGUAACGGUUUCAAAAAGAUGCCGACGGUCGUCCUCGUGGGCAACAUCGACGACAAGAUGGAGCAGUACGCGAACGCCGUGGAGAACUCUCAGGAACCUCGACGCUCCAAGGCCCCGGCGACGAACCUUCCCAACGCGCUGGAGGCCGUCAACUCCAAGAAGGUCUUGUUCCAGGCGCCCAAAACAACAACUUGUCGGGACACUGACAGUUUAAAAGUGGGCGUGGCCAACCGGAUCACCCAGUGGGUAAAGGGCCAACCGGACGGCGGUCGACCUCCGCCGAGCCGAGCGUCGGAUGUGAAGUGUGGAGAUGUCAUGCGCAAGAAGAACAUGUGGGAGGUUCUCGGAGACUCGUCGGGGAGGUCCCCCGCGAACGUCAAGGGCGCGGCAGCCCCGAGUAAGACGUACACCUUUGUGGUGACCGGACACGGCAAGUACAAGAAGAUCUCGGCGGACCAGGAACACGCCACGAACAGAAAGUCGGAUUUGUGACGCGGUGGCCUUUUGUGCAGCUCGGCCACGCCCGACGCUGCAACACUUGAUUACGGACAGUCGAAGUUGCUCCGGGACAGCUUGUGCGUCUGCUGACAGCGGUCCGGUCAGUCGCACCUUCAUCAAUUUUUUUUUGUGGUUUUUUUUUGGGGGGGGAUGACGUCGGAGCUGGACAAUCACUUCCUGUUUGCAAUUUGCUGUCCGUGGUUACCUUGCAAUCACCGAGGCCUUGUGCAGUUGUAUGUCUUUUGUACCAUCGAUUUUUGUUGUUUUUUUUGUAAUACAACAAUGAUCCCGUACGAUUGACUUAUCGCUACAAAAAAUUUUG